AUGCUUCAAACACCAGAAUUCACUACCACCAUAAAGAAGAUGCUAAGCUCGAACAAAGAAGAAUCAUUGUUGAUAUUGGAUUUGUACCGAACAAGAUCAUUGAAAUUACCAUUAGAAAUCUAUGAUCAAAUCUUGUGGCUCUUUAUAUGCGACGAGAAGUACAAUGAAAGUAUCUUAGCAAACUCUCUUACACUAAAUUGUUCGAUCUAUCUCUUGAAUAUAAAGAGUAAUGACAAACCUCAAAGAAUAAUUGUGACUAUUAUGCUCGAUUCAUUCCAUUUACUUGAUGUACAACAUGUUUCCUCUGAACAAGACAAACAUUCAAAACCAGGUGAAGCGCCAAUCAAAUCAGAGUUUCUCAAGGCAAACAGAAAGAGAACCAAUGAAGAGAUGGAAGCUAAUGAGAAAGCUCAAUCCACCACUUCGACAGUUCCACAAACCACUGGCAAGACAAAGAAAGUAAAGAAACAAAAGAGUGAAUACAUUCCUGAAUCCGAUAGGAGAAAUCAUAUCAUUAUGGUUAGUUGCAAGUAUAGUCAUGAUCUACAAAAGUAUCUGUCUACAAAGCAACCGUCUUUAGGAAAAUGCUAUCUCUACGAGACCUACGGAGAAUGUAAAUACGGAAUCAAAUGUCUCUUUGGUGGUGAUCAUAUUGAUGGUAUCAACUCGAUUGUCAACAAAGAAGUUAGUGAUAAAUGUGACCAAUCACAACACCAACUACAAAACGAUGUAUCCAACGACAUUAGAGUAAUGCUUACAAAGAAAAAAUAUCCAUUCAAAAAGACUGAAGAGUAUUUCAUGAAACUAAAUUAUCCAAGAAAUGGUGUCUGCUGCUCGUACUGUGAUGUCAGAAUGACUAUUGAGCCACAAACCACCCGUUUCACCAUCGAACCACAACCAACUCCAACCUCAUUCUGUAAUGGUGUUCGUUGCGCAUACGUUGAUCCAAAGAAAUGUAGAGCCACCGGUGGAUUCUUUUCACCAGCCGAUCCAGCCAAUGGUAAGUGCUGCGAUUCAUGUGAGCGUAGAGUAACUAUCAAACCACAAUGCAGUCUUGUUAAAUGCAUUUUCGUUGAUGAAGCAAAGUGCAGAGAAUCCGAUUCCAACUCAAUCGAUUUAUCUUUUAUUCCUCUCACUUAA